CUUUUCCAGUGGGUCAGCUGUUCUCAUCAGAUGACCAAAAUGCUGGAGUUUCAGCUUCAGCAUCAGUCUUUCCAAUGAGCAUUCAGGGUUUCCAUCACAAGCAAAGAGUAAACAAAAGGAUAGCUGAAAGGUGUCUUCAGAUAGCAGGUUUCAGAAAGUGGAGAGCGCACAUGAAGCCUGUCAGGAGUUGCUGGUGUCUGUUCCAGGUCUGUGACUUAUUUUCUGUCAUGUUCUUAAGAUUUUGAGUGAAUAUAGUCCUGACUCGGAUGUGUGCAGCCAUGCAGUUACUUUAUAGGUAUCGCCAUUGGUCAGUCCUACAUUGACCAUGUAACGAUUGCUGUGGCCCCAUCACUUAACAUCAUGCAUUAUUGCUCAGAGGGAACUUUUGCUUUUCUCUUUACUGUGUAGAAUGUGAGUUUCUGUUCCCUGUCAUUUGGUACUGCCUGGAGUGGUGUGCCUCAGCUAACAGCUGCUGAGUGGUCUUAUCUGUCCUUCCUAUGCACGUAACCCCGUAGUGCAGGGUUGCAGCCGGAAGGGUUGAGUUUGGGUUUCUUAGUGAAACCCGGUGUUGACAAAAUCACUUGUGAUGGCCGCAAUUCAAAAGUAGUUUAAUACUGUAACUGUGUGGAAGUUUGAAUACUAUCACAGUUCUGCAGAUCUGUAUUUUAGUCAUUCCCUGACACCAUAGUCUGACAGUCUAGUUAAAGACAUUCUGAAUUGUCCAGAGGACUUGCACCCAUCUGUCUGUGAGGGCUGGUGUGCUAACUGAUUGAAAUGGGAAAUAAAAUAGGGCACUGUUUCUUCAUGUGCUAUCUCUAGAGCUCCUUUGGAUCCUUCUGUUAGGAGUCUCGAGAGCUUCCUAACCCUGGAGUCUGGGGCUCCUGAGUUUCUAGAGGUGUCAGUGUGCUCACCACCUGAAGGCCUCUGAAGAUCCUGCCUAGUAAAUUGUAUUAUACCUAUUCUCUUCCUCGCAUCUUCGCCCUUCCUUGUUCUGUAACAUUCCUUGUCCUGUUGCUCGCCAGCUGACUCCCUCAGCCCUGGUCAUCUCUUUGAAUCAAGCCUUAGAAUUUCUGCUAAGGUCCUCUGCUUAGAAUUUCUCUCCUUUGCCUUCCUCCUCCUGGUUCCUUCCUGCCUCUAGCAAUAGUCUGUUUUUUCUUUAGAAAUCUAAAUUCACCACUUUCUUCCUUGUCCAUACCAGUGUCAACCCCAAACCACGCUUUAGUUACAACCUCUGCGGCAGCCGGGUGCUGCGCUGUGAAGCGCUGCAGCAGCGUUGUUUGCACCACAUGAAUGUGUGUUUGCACACUGAUCCUUGCUUCUCUGCUUGAUGCACGAAUACGUCUUUCAAUCCCAGCAAAGUUUUCCGUAGAACAGUAGCCACGUCUUCUAGCUUAUAUUUUUCACCAUAGCACCUGUAUGCACAGCACCUAAAAAUAAUCCUUGGUGAAAUAUUGUGGCUUAAAAUCGUACUGAAUCUUAAUGUAUUUUACUUGAAGAGCAGUCGGUAAUUCCUUUUUUUUGUUGGCUGUUAAUUUUUUAAAAAGCUUUAAAAUCAACUACAUUAACAUGAGAAGAAAUUUUGAAGUCAAGCUCCAAGAACUUUUAAUCGUAGUGCACGUUUUAUUGAGAACAUAGCUUUAAAAUGAGUAAAACUUAAGUUUUACUUGGGCCAGGAUUGUAUCCUGUGUUUGACGUGCCUGGCCGUGUCGUGUUCUGAAGUCGUCAUAGCUGAUUUUACGAAGAUGCCUUCUGAAAUUUUACCCAGCAGUGUUUCCUUCAUCACUGCCACAACAGCACCACCCCUCAAGUUGUGCUCUUGCACGCUUUUUGCUCUUGGAAUGCAGUUAUCACAGACUCCUUUGACGUGGCUGGUAGAACAUCCAUCCAGAUUUCGGCCUAUUAAAGGAAGGCAGGAAGAACUCAAAGAAGUAAUUGAACGUUUUAAGAAAGAUGAGCACUUGGAGAAAGCCUUCAAAUGUCUGACUUCAGGAGAAUGGGCACGGCACUAUUUUCUCAACAAGAACAAAAUGCAGGAGAAAUUAUUCAAGGAACAUGUAUUUAUUUAUUUGCGAAUGUUUGCAACUGACAGUGGAUUUGAAAUAUUGCCUUGUAAUAGAUACUCGUCAGAACAAAAUGGAGCCAAAAUAGUUGCAACGAAAGAGUGGAAACGAAAUGACAAAAUAGAAUUACUGGUGGGUUGUAUUGCCGAACUUUCAGAAAUUGAGGAGAACAUGCUGCUUAGACAUGGAGAAAACGACUUCAGUGUCAUGUAUUCCACAAGGAAAAACUGUGCUCAGCUCUGGCUUGGUCCUGCUGCGUUUAUAAACCAUGAUUGCAGACCUAACUGUAAGUUUGUGUCAACUGGUCGAGAUACAGCAUGUGUGAAGGCCCUAAGAGAUAUUGAACCUGGAGAAGAAAUUUCUUGUUAUUAUGGAGAUGGGUUUUUUGGAGAAAACAAUGAGUUCUGCGAGUGUUACACUUGUGAAAGACGGGGAACUGGUGCUUUUAAAUCCAGAGUGGGACUGCCUGCGCCUGCUCCUGUUAUCAAUAGCAAAUAUGGACUCAGAGAAACAGAUAAACGUUUAAAUAGGCUUAAAAAGUUAGGUGACAGCAGCAAAAACUCAGACAGUCAGUCUGUCAGCUCCAACACUGACGCAGACACCACUCAGGGAAGAGACGACGCAACUUCUAACGGAAAAUCUUCAGUUGGUGUAAAAAAGAACAGCAAGAGCAGAACAUUAACAAGGCAGUCUAUGUCAAGAAUUCCAGCUCCUCCCAACUCUACCUCAUCUAAGCUAACUCCUAUAAAUAAUUCCAGGGUACCAAAGAAACUGAAAAAACCUGCAAAGCCUUUACUAUCAAAGAUAAAAUUAAGAAAUCAUUGCAAACGGCUGGAGCCGAAGAGUGCUUCGAGAAAACUCGAAAUGGGAAACUUGGUACUGAAAGAGCCUAAAGUCGUUCUGUACAAAAAUUUGCCCAUUAAAAAAGAGAAGGAGCCAGAGGGACCAGUGGAGGCCACGGUGGCCAGUGGGUGCUUAACCAGACACGCGGCGAGAGAGCACAGACAGAACUCGGAGCGAGGCACCCCUUCGCACGCGGAGGGCGCCCCCUGCACCUACACAACCAGGCGGUCCAUGAGGACGAGGAUGACCUUGAAGGAGACCUCCGACAUAAAGCUUGAACCAAAUACCCUGGAGGGCUACAGAAGUGACUUGACAGAACCUUGUCCAGAUGGCGGCGAGCAGCCCGCUCCCGGGGCGCCGGACGAAGAGCUGGCCCACGAAGCUGCACAGAAGGGGGAAGCCAGGUGUCCUAAGAGCGACAGCAGCACGUCCAAAAAGAAGUCACAGCCGGGGAAGCUGGUGCGGCAGCUGGCAAAGGCAGAGGAAGCCAGUCCCGUGCACGAGUCCCCGGGCAGGGCCGGCGUGGGGCCAGAGGCGGCGGGGGCCCACCCCGACUCAGGCGAGCACAGCGGCGUGGAGGGCGUGCCCGGGGGCUACUCGGACUGGGCCCCUUCGCCCGUCAGUGCUUCCGUGGUGACGUCAGAGAGCUUCAAAACAAAAGACGGCUUCCGAACUGCGAAAAGUAAAAAAAAGAGGCGGAUCACGAGGUAUGAUGCACAGUUAAUCCUGGAAAAUAACUCUGGGAUUCCCAAGUUGACUCUUCGCAGACGUCAUGACAGCAGCAGCAAGGCAAAUGACCAAGAGAGUGAUGGGAUGAAUUCUUCAAAAAUCAGCAUCAAGUUGAGUAAAGACCAUGAAAAUGAUAAUAACCUCUAUGUAGCAAAGCUUAACAAUGGAUUUAACUCAGGAUCAGGCAGUAGUUCAACAAAAUUAAAAAUCCAGCUAAAGCGGGACGAGGAAAGUAGGGGGCCGUACGCCGAGGGGCUUCACGAAAACGGCGUGUGCUGCAGUGACCCCCUGUCCCUCCUGGAGUCGCGUAUGGAAGUGGAUGACUACAGUCAGUACGAGGAGGAGAGCACAGACGACUCCUCCUCCUCGGAGGGAGAGGACGAGGACGAGGAGUAUGACGAUGACUUUGAAGACGAUUUUAUCCCUCUGCCUCCGGCCAAGCGGUUGAGGCUCAUAGUUGGGAAAGACUCUAUAGAUAUUGACAUUUCUUCCAGGAGGAGAGAAGAUCAGUCUUUGAGGCUUAACGCAUAAUAAGCUCUUGGUCUUAACUUGACCCGGGAUAACUACUUUAAAGAAAUAAAAAAUUCCAGUCAAUUAUUCCUCAACUGAAAACGUUUUAGCGGCAGCACUUCUAUUGUCUCUUCACUUAUCAGCAUAAUACUGUAGAAAGUGUACAGCGUUCUAACUCUUCUUAAAAAAGUCUGAUUUGUGCACAUUUUUAUUGUACUUUUUAAAUAGCCUUCUUAUGUGCAAUUCUAAGUUAGAGGUAAAGCCCUGUUGUAAAAUAAAGGCUCAAGCAAAAUUGUACAGUGAGAGCAACUUUCCACACAGGACAUUGAAACCAAUAAUGUGGCUACACAGUUUCUUUUUUUUUUACUUUAAAAGCAUCAACUGGCUCUUUAAUAUAUGACUAAACAAUAAUUUAAAAGAAAUCAUAGCGGCAGCAUAUUAAGGUUUUCUAGUAUAUGCUAAUAUCACCAGCAAUGAUCUUUGGCUUUUUGAUUUAUUUGCUAGGUGUUUCCCCCUUGGAGUUUUGUCAGUUUCACACUGUUUGCUGGCCCAGGUGUACUGUUUGUGACCUUGGUUAAAUAGCAGACCAUCGGGUGGGAGUCAAAUUGGUCUCUUUAAAAAAAAAAAAAGUACAAUUACAUGCGUGACAGCUAAUUUUCAGUGCAUUACAUGUACAAGGAUAGCAGUGUGCAGGAUGAGUUUCGAUGCAGCGUAUUUAUUGCUUGUCAUGUAAAUUAAGACCUUGUAUUUAACACUUUUCAAUCCUUUUAGAUAAAAUUGUUCUUUGCAAGAAUGAUUGGUGCUUAUUUUUUCAAAAAAUUUGCUGUGAACAAUGUGACUACAACAAGCAACAUUUAUCUAAUGAACUACAGCUCUCUUAAUUUGGGUCUUCGAGUUUUCUGUUGCACUUGUAAAAUGCUACAAGGAAUAUUAAAAAAAAAACUAUUCACUUUAACUUAUAAUAGUUUAUGAAAUAAAAACAUGAGUCACAGCUUUUGUUCUGUGGUAACCUAUAAAAAUGUUCGUCUUUGAAAUUCAGUGUAAAGAACUGAAAACAGUGUAUAUGUUGUAAAUAUUUGUGUUGUGAGAAAUUUUUGUCAUAAGAAAUUAAAAGAACUUACCAGGAAGGUUUUUAAGUUUAGAAAUAUUCAUGCCAAUAAAAUAGGAAAUUAUAAAUAUAUAGUUUUAAGCACUGCAUCAGUGGGAGUUCUUGGCUUAUGUUAGUUUAUGUUUGAAAAUAUCAAAGAUUUUUUUUUUUUUUACUAUAUUAUCAGUUAAACAAAAAAGAGGAGUCAGAUUUAAUUUGUUUUUGAAGCACUUUGAAAAGAGAAAUUAAUUUUUAAGUAACUUAAUGAGCAAAUUUUUGAUUACUACUUUAUGUUCAAUACCAACCUUCCAUUUCUCUGGAUUAUUUUACAAAUCAUUGGACAAAGAAUUUGAGAAUAUAAAUCUGUAGCAGGUGUUUGAUACCAGUGGGUCUCUUUAUUUCUGGGAAAUGUGUACAUGUGCUUUCGGAUAUACAGUGUUCCUGAGUAAAAUCAAUUUAGGGAAUUCGUGUAGUGUCUAGAAGAGUAGCCCAUAUCUUGAGAUACUGAAAGGCCUCUGCAGGUAAUGAGCAGUCCAAUGGGAAAACCUCAAUGCUUACUGUUAAGACUUCAUGAUUCCUGCCAGCUUCUGGGUUCUUGGGGACAUAAUUUAAGUUCCUUAAAACUAUUGCUGGUAGAUUCCAAAUAGAAACUGGUAAUAUUCGUAAAAGUUCUCUGAAUUUAAAAUGUUCCCCUCCUUCCGUCCUUGAAGGAAUUACUUCCGUGGUCUCCUCUCGUCUCGUCCCUGUUUGUAUGGUGCAGUUACACCCCUCAGGUAUUAACAUGGGAUCAGGUGGCCCACCUCCUCGCCCACUCACACCCCCUUGGCUCACUCCAUCUAGAAUCUUCACCUCUCGAAGUCGGGCGGCCCUGCAGGUCUGUCCCCGAGCACUCAGAGCACUUUACAGACUCACCCAGCCCUCCCGAGUGUCUGGGUGGCCGUGGGGGGUGGCAGGGGGGCUCACGCACCAAGAUCACGCUUAGACCCUGCGUCCGGGAAGCACCGGAGCACAGCGGGUCACCUUGAUUGGUGGGAACCCCACCUAGUUUGCAGUCUGGAAGAGGUUCAGAGACCACAUCUUGAACCAUUCUUUUGGAAUACCAACGAUAGCCACUUCAGGAAUUUUCAGUCUUAAAGGAAAAAGUAACAAUACUACAUUUCCCACUUUUCUCCAUUUUUUAAGCUUAACUUUAGUAACUUAUUUAUGACAUUUAACUUUACUGAGGCCCCGUCUUUGGGGGCCGACCUUCCCAUGGGUCCGGAGCAGUGAUGCCCGGCGGUCACCGCCUCGGGAGGUGGUGUGCACAAGCGCUCGGCGGCCAUGGCCGACGCCUUCCAGGGAAACCUGACUUCCGUUUUUACAGUGAGGGGCCUCGGAGUUGGCCUGCCUGUGCUGUAGGACUCUGUGUGGAACGGCCAAGUCCACACAAUGCCGACCACUUGGAAGAGGUUGCAAUCAAUAAAACUUCUAGUCUGAGCUUAUGCAAUGAUUGGUAAAGAUUGUGGCAUUGUAAGAAUUAGGAAACGAUCGUAGAAAUAUAUGUAAAGUAUUCAAUUUUCAAUCAUUUUUCAAAUUACUGUUUUAAAUUGUUUUGCUGAGUUGUAAUACUUUUGAGAUAAAAUGUAUUCCUUGUACUGAAAGAAUGAAAAAAAAAAGGACUUUUUCAGCAUUUGAGGUAAGUUCUUUAACGUUUCAUUAAAAAACAUUUUUUACAAAUAUUUUGUACAUGCACUUGCAGUAUUGAGGUUAAUCAUUUUAAUAAAUUCGGAAAUUAAAACA